UCUGCCGCAAUGCAUUUUGGGAUAAAGAAGGUUCCAUCGACGUCCGCGUCGUCGGCUGCCCUUCGACGUUAAAGGAGUUCUAUUUCUUUUAAUUUUCGAAAUAGUUCUAUCGAAAAAUAAGAUUAAAAAAAAUAAUAAAGCGCUGUAAAGUAAUUUACACCGGGUUUUAGAGAGUGACGAGUUCCAGAAGGAAAUGGGUGCUGAUAAACGGAUCAGUAGGACCGAGCGUAGUGGUAGAUAUGGUUCCGAGCAUUACCGCGAUGAUCCGGACUGGCGAGACAGACGUGACAGAGACCAAGACCGUGAUCACAGCUCAAGGCGUUGGAGUGAGGAGAGGCGUGAUCGUUAUGAUGGAGACCGCAGGGGACCACGAGACAGCCCAGAGCAAAGGGAAAGAAAACGACGGAACAGUGAUCGAUCGGAAGAUGGUUAUCACUCAGACGGUGACUACCAAGAGCAGGAUUACAGACGGGAGCCGGGGGAUGAUAAGAAGAGCAAGACCAUCAUGCUUGGGGGAUUGUCUUCUCAAACCACAGAGGAGGAUAUUCGUUUUGCCAUUGACCAACUGGAGGGCCCCCAGCCAGUAGAUGUGAGACUGAUGAAAAAGAGAACAGGUAUAAGCCGUGGUUUCGCCUUCGUGGACUUUUAUCACUUGCAAGAUGCUACCAGAUGGAUGGAGACCAAUCAGAAGCGUCUGGUCAUCCAAGGCAAAGUGGUUGACAUGCACUACAGUCAUCCCAGAAACAAGUAUGAAGACUGGCUCUGCAACACUUGUGGCCUGUACAAUUUCCGGAGGCGGUUGAAGUGCUUCAGGUGUGGAGCAGCCAAAGCUGAUGGUGAGAUGGGUAACGCCACUGGGGCCACUGAACUUCAACCCACUGGAGAUUUUUAUGGAGACACAAUCAUCCUGAGAAACAUUGCCCCUCAGACCACAGUGGAAGCCAUUUUGACAGCACUGGCACCGUACGCUAAUCUUUCGGCCAACAACAUUCGUCUUAUUAAGGACAAACAAACAGGCCAGAACAGAGGUUUUGCUUUUGUGCAGCUCUCUUCCCCUCUGGAGGCUUCCCAGCUGCUAACCAUCUUACAGGGGUUGCAGCCUCCUCUGAAACUGGACGGGAAAACAAUUGGGGUGGAUUAUGCUAAGAGUGCUCGAAAGGACCUCUUACUACCUGAUGGGAAUCGUGUCAGUGCUUUUUCUGUGGCCAGCACGGCCAUAGCAGCAGCACAGUGGUCAUCGGCUCAGCCUCAGCAGACCAUGGAUGGGAUGUCAGAGUAUGCUUGUCUGCAAGAAGGAUAUGCUCCUCUCCCACAGGACUACCAUACCUAUUAUCAGCCAGGAGCAGUAGCCACCACUUGUCAAGGGAAUGGAAUCCUGGGAGCUGCUCCAGGUGUAAAGCUCGUUCCUGCUGCUGUUGUUAUAUCCCAGAGUCCACAAAUCUAUCAACCACAUAUCAUUGCACAGCCUGCUGUACAGCUGGAUGGAAAAGCCCAGGUAGGACUUGCAGCUGUUGAGUCUGUGGCUGUGCCUGCUUUAGCUGGAGCUGCUGCCUCAGUAUGUGGGACCAGUGCCAUACCAGCCUCUGGAACAUCACUGGAAACCACCAGUGCUCAUGUUCCUGAUACAUCAACCUAUCAAUAUGAUGAAUCCUCCGGCUAUUAUUAUGAUCCUCAGACUGGCCUUUAUUAUGACCCAAAUUCACAAUAUUAUUACAAUACUCAGACUCAGCAGUACCUCUACUGGGAUAGUGAGAAACAGACAUAUGUACCGGCCCCUGGCAACACAAACCCUGGACAGAACGAUAAAGCAAAUGGGUCAGCAGGAGGCAACAAGGAGCCUAAAGAGAAAAAAGAGAAGCCUAAGAGCAAGACUGCACAGCAGAUUGCUAAAGACAUGGAAAGAUGGGCUAAAAGUCUCAAUAAGCAGAAAGAAAACUUCAAAAGUAGCUUCCAGCCUAUUAGUCAAGAAGAUAGGAAGGAGGCUGCAGCUGCUGAUGCUGGAUACACCUUGUUUGAAAAGAAGCAGGGCGGUCUAGACAGGCUUAUGCAGGAGGUGGCAAGGUACGCCGAAGAGGAAGAACUUCCUAUAAGCUCUGCUAAUUCUUCAAAGUGUGGCCUGGUGGCAGCUUACAGUGGAGACAGCGACCCUGAGGAAGGAGGAGGGGGAGCAGGAGGAGAAACUGAUGGUGGUGACAUGAGUCAGGACAAGCUCACAGACUGGAAAAAGAUGGCCUGUCUACUGUGUAGGAGACAGUUUCCUAACAAAGAAGGUUUGAUGAGACAUCAGCAGCUCUCUGACCUUCACAAGAAAAACCUUGAAGUUCUCCGCAGAUCCAAAAUGAGUGAAGCUGAGUUAGAAGAGUUGGAAAGGAAAGAAACAGAGCAAAAAUACAGGGACAGAGCAGCAGAGAGGAGAGAAAAAUACGGCAUCCCGGAACCACCAGUGCCUAAAAAAAAGAAGUUUAGCCAGCCAGCGGCAGCCGUGAACUAUGAACAGCCAACUAAAGACGGCCUUACCAGUGAUAAUAUCGGAAACAAGAUGCUGCAGGCCAUGGGCUGGAAGGAGGGGAAAGGUCUGGGUCGCAACCAGCAGGGAAUAACCGCUCCAAUUGAGGCACAGUUGCGAACAAAAGGAGCCGGACUUGGCACCAAGGGCACCAACUACACCCUUUCUGCUUCAGAUACCUACAAAGAUGCCGUCCGGAAAGCCAUGUUUGCCCGAUUCACAGAGUUAGAAUGAGACAUUUUCCAACUAGACUGUAUUGUUGUGAAAACUUUCGCCGAUGACAAGAUGGACUCUUUUUCACAUUCAGUAAAAUUCAAAAUGGUUGUACUUCCUGUCACAAUACGGACCACAGAAUAAAUUUGUUGAUGGAACCUGAGGUUGUAAAUUAUAUAAUUUAUAUAUUGUACAUAUAUGUUGUGACUUCUUUGUUUUACAUAACUGAUUUUCAUUUUAUGUGGUCAAACUUUUGUCUCGGCAUGUAAUGACUGUACAGUUUAUACAAGAUCUUGUCAAAAUGUAAAGAAAAUAAAGGAUGAGAUUUAAGUUUGGA